AUGACCUAUACGAGUGCCAACCUCCGAGAUGAUUAUCUCCAAUCGAACCUACUCUGGCACUUAUGCUCGCAACAAUCGCAGAUUCUCUCUCGGUCCCAAUACAGCCUCCCGUUUUCAGCAGGGGCCACAUAUGCUUUAUCAUGCAAAUCAGAAUUGAACCCAACUCUUGAGAAAGUGAAACAAACCUCCAUUGUGCUAUCGACAGACAAUGGAAACUACAAGAGGCUGGAAGAGAAAGAUAGAGCUCACAAAUUCAAGGCCGAUGCCUCUGGAGGCGCCUUGAACCAUCGAAACGCCGCCGUGCCAAGGUUUGACGGCUGA